GCGCCCGCCUCCCGUAUUCGACAGCGGGUCUGUAGGACCCCACGGCCAGCCGCCAGCAGGCCAACUUCCUCCGCCCCGAAAGGCUCCCCUCUAGCUCCGAUCAGCCAAGCCAGCUCUGCAAGCAGGUGUCCGGAUCAGAUGGCUGCAAAUGAAGACUGGACCGUUCCCCUCUUUCAGCGUGCCAAAGAUUCAGUCUGUUUUGUCGUCAUAGCACCGAGGGAGACAAAGAUAAAGGAGAUAGAGGUGUUGGCUAAUACUGUGGGGACUGUGGACAAAGGGGAACGACGUAGUAGGUCCAAGGAGACUAGGCUGUCCACAGGUUUCAUCGUGUGGACUAGUGACAGUGAGUUGCUAAUAUUGACCACGGCUCAUAGUAUCGACCAUGUGUACAAAGGGUCAAUGCCGAUUUUGGGAGCCAAUGACUUGUUUCAAGCAUCAAUACUGUGUGAUCACUAUGAGGCUGAUUAUCGAGCUGCUGGACUUGCUACGUUGGGGGAUGAUAUGAGGGAGUAUGUGCCUGCGAAUAUCAUUGCAGUUAGCUGCGAACGAGACCUGCUUCUUAUUGCAGUCGAACGAAGCCAUAUCAUGCGUCAAUCAAGUCGUCAGAUAUGUGCUGGAAUUCAUCCGGCUGUUGAGAUUAGCAGGGACUUGGCAAAUGAGGGUGAAAAAUCCAUGCUAUUGUCAUGGCCCUUUGACAAGCACAGAAGAGUAGCAACUGGCUGUGUGGGGGUGCGUAGGAAUGUGAGAGAGGUCAGCAGGCCCAACAACAUUGAGUACAACAUGGAAAUACUAGAAGCCAACAUAACCAGCGAAUCAGGUUCAUCUGGUGCACCAUUGUUCAACAAGUCUGGUCGGGUUAUUGGACUUCUACAUGGGGGUUUUGGAAAGACACAUUCUUAUUUCAUCCCAUCAGACCUCAUCUUGGAUUUCUUGGCUCAAUAUGCCACGACUUCAGGUAAUGUUUACUUUUGUUUCUUUUUUUCACAUCGAUAAACAAUACUCUCAAGAUUUUUAUUCUCGUUUCAUCCAACAGAUC